AUGAUUUUCGUCUCGGUCUCGGUACUUGGUUCUGUGUUGACUCUGUUGAGCCUCGCCCAGGUGGCGGCGACGCUCUCGGUCUCAAAGAACAACUUUGGUAACCCGAGCACGGAGCAACCGGAACCAGUCGCGGCGCCGAGGUACAACAUCGCUUUCCGCGGCGUUACGGACAAGAAUGGCUUCAUCGUCCCUGAAAAGUUGAUGGUCAGUCACCAGGUGUUUUCAUGCCUCUAGGCCUCACCGUCCGCGACUUUUUUCGUGGGUCUUGCGUACUCGGAAACAUCAUCGUCGUGUCUAGCUAUCUCGUCGGCGUUGAUCGAUCUCGCACGCACGCUCACGCACGCGUCUCGACGUGACUUGGCUGGCGGCGUCGGCUUAGCUUCGGGAAACUUCCGUGGUCUCGGCUUUGCUCUCCGCUGGUCUCAGUUCAGUGAACACACUUGAAUGUCAGAACUGACCCGGCCGCGCACUCGCAUCACCAUCUCGACGAUGAUGAUCAACAACAGGAGGAUCUGGACCGGCUCAACAAGAGGUUCAACCGCACGAUCGUCGACAUUGAGGCACUCCACCCUCUCGCCGCUUCGACGGCAGCCCCUAUACUUGAUGGCCCGCACCGCUUCGUCAGACGUGCACCGGCCGUGACGACGACGUCGGCGACACCUCUGCCAACGUCCAAGGGCAAGAAGUGGUGAGUGGGAUGCCGUGCAUUUGGCUCAAUUGGAUGCGAUAGUUCUUGCUGACAGAGUGAAGACUGACCACUUUCUUCACCUCCGCGCUUGCGUUGGGCUUUGGGCCGUAGCUCGCCCGGCUUCUUGAACAAGAACGCGUGCGUCAAAGUCUGCCCCGACAAGUUGCUCGCCGAUACAAAAGCAGCAAACUGCGUCCCAUGCCCUGCCCAGGCGACGUGCAAGCAAGGCCUCGUCACCACGUGCCAGUUCGUCGUCUACUUCGCGCUGCUCUCAUCCCUCUCGUCAGCUACCCCGAGCAUGACGUACUUACCCAGCAUCGAAUCUACUGCUGUAUUGUGAAACCAACAGGAGUGGAUGGUUGAUCAACCCGACCAAGACCGCUUGCAUCGCGUGCCCGACCCACGCAGUCUGUCGCAACGGCGUCGUCUCGGGCUGCGAGUGAGUUCCACUGUGGGGGUCUGGUACCUUUCAUCCCCGACUCUCUCUCUCUCUGACACCUGUGCAUAUUUCCGUGCAGCACCGGCCUCCUGAUCAAUGCCCAACAAACGGCAUGUGGCGCUUGCCCUCGCCGAACGAUCUGCACAGGCGGCAAGGUCACGUCUUGCCAGUUGAGUUCAUCUGUGCAUGUGCUCCGUUGCCGCCUUGUGCCCACGAACUGACAGCCGCUGCAUCUUCUUACAUUCUUGAUAUCGUACAGAGCAGGACUCUUACUUAAUGCUGCCAAAGCCUGUGUCGCCUGCCCCGCCAACGGUGUCUGCUCCAACGGUGCUCUCACGUCGUGCAGGUCAGUUUUUGCUCGUGUGUUCUGCCACGGUCCACGACCGUUUCAACUGACGGCACUCUGCAACCAUCUCCUUCAACUCCCACCUCUGCUCAGCGCUGGCUUUGUCUUGAAUGGUGCCAAGACGGGUUGCAACGCCGUCCCGCUCGUCACAACCAAAUCUACGACUUCGUCAACCACAUCGUCAGCCACUCGCACUUCGACCGCGUCGUCAGCCACCACCUCGGCCGCUGUACCCACGUCAAAGUCGAUCACAUCUUCGACAACCUCUGCCACAGUUCGGACUUCGUCGUCCUCAGCUACUAAGUUGACAUCGAGUUCGACAACGUCGUCGACCACCUCACCCGCGGUGACGACUCCGUCUACGACCCCGAGCACCACUUCGGCCUCUUCAACGACCAAGAGCUCGUCUACCUCCUCGACUACUUCCUCAACGACCAGUUCAUCGAUCUCGGCCUCGAUCACGACAUCAUCUCGUACGACGUCAUCCAGCUCCACCGCGGCCACCACGUCCAGCAGCUCCAGUUCGACCCCAUCGGCUUCUCCUAGCGCCGGCUCGUGCCCCAAGAACACCUGGUCGUACUACGUCGACUGGUACCUUAAAGGCGGCUCUUACCAUGGUCCGGGCUACGUGAACGCCAAAUGCGUCGAGAUCGCCGAGGGAAGUCAAGGUUCCACUGAUUCGGUCAACGCCGUCGCUUACACCGAUGGCUACUGUGUUGUGCGGCAAGGCAGCACCCUCGGCCCGUCCGAUUUGGGAUCAGGUAACCCCGGCUGGGAGUCGUUUGUGGUAGGGUGCUGCCCGGACAACGGCCUAAAGGGAGCGCCCACGAAGGCGACCAAGAUUUGCCGCAACAUCCUUGUGACAAGCUCGUCCAUCUCCGAGGCGGACGGGUCGACCUUCCUUGGGCGUGCCUACAAGGCGCCUAGCACUCCCCCCAUCGCCGGCACUGCCUCCAUUCCUCUUCAGUACCCGGAUCACACCACGAGCUCGACCACUGGCGGUUUCAUGUUCCUUUCAAAGGCGUCGGCCGGCACCCCACCCCAGGAGUUCACAAUUCUGUGGGAUACCGGAUCGCCACUCUUCUGGGUCGACGGGACGACCUGCGUUGAUGGCACGUGCAAUGGUAAGCGGCACUACGACAACACGUCUUCGUCGACGUACGAGGACAUCGGUGGAACUGCCAGUAGGAUCACGUACGGCGAUGGGACCUGGGCUUCGGUGACUCCUUUCCGCGACACGGUCACCGUCGGUGGCGUGAGUGCCACUGAUUUCUACAUGGCUCAAGCAGAUGUGAGUUUCGAGUAGGGCCGAUUGCCCUUUUUUGAAGUCGUAAUUGCGCAAGUUCAGCUUUACUCAUGCCCUGGCCUUUGGCGGUCACGUGCAGACCCAAUCGCCGGGAUGGACCCGAGGCGCAACCGACGGACUGUUUGGAAUGUCUUUCAAUGGUCCGAACUCGGGGCACCAGUAUGAGGCAACGGUGAUCCAACAGGUCCGUCUCGUGCGAUGCCCAGUCCCGUCUCUUUGUUCUCCAUAGCCAAGCUGAUAUUGUCACGCUUGCUUGCUGCGCUUGUUUUGGGACACCUCAAACAGCUCAAGGCUCAAGGUGUCGUCAACGCGGGACAGUUCUCGAUGAAGUAUGCGUACGAUUCAAGCGCCGAGCUGCUCUUGGGUGGUCUCAAUCCUGAUCUCUUCGUGGCUGGUACGACCGAAUGGACGAGCGUGGUAUGUCUAGUCAAUUAUCAAUCGAGGCCCGGUCUUGUAUGCGCUCAUAUCCCCUUGGGCUCAUGUUUCUCUUUCCUUGCGUCGUUCUUACUCCCACGAAUCCGAUAGACCAACAAGCGCAGCCUCUUCUGGGGAGUCCAAACGACGAUGCAAGUCAAUGGCGUCACCAUCGGCGGCAACAACGCUGACGCCAUCGUCGACAGUGGUACCGUUUAUAUGGUCAUGGUUGACGCCGUGGCCACUGCGGCCUUCGCUUCGAUCCCCGGCUGGGGUUACUACCAGAACAAUGCGGCGUCCAAGAUGUACACCUACCCUUGUGCAACCCCUCCCGUCUUCACUUUCUCGUUCCCCGGCGGAUCGACGGCGUGGACCAUCUCCGAGGACACCCUCAACUUGGGCCAAGUCGACGACACGAACUGCUUGGCCAGCGUGAUGGGUGGCGCCGAUGCGGCGGCCGGAGGUGCGGGCCACAUCUUGGGUGACGCUUUUAUGCAGAACGUUUACACGACCUUUGAUUCCGACAAUGCGCGUGUUGGCUUUUCCCAGUUGAGCUAG